AUGCAAAAGCAAAAACCAAUCUCACUGCAAAACAGCCAUGUCAAGCUUCUCGCCUUCGAUCUCCUCUCCCUCACUCCAAACCCUUAUUCUUUAGAUCCAUCCCUCACUUUCAACCGCAGAGGCAUCCCUCUCACGCGAGCGGAAACCGUCGGCACCGUCACGCUCCGCGACCACAAGCCUAACCGGUUCCUCAGGUUCGCAAUCGACGACGGCACCGGUUGUAUCCCCUGCAUCCUCUGGCUCAACCACGUCUCCUCCCCGCAUCUCGCACGCCACCGGAGCCCGCAGGAGCUCCGCCGCGCUGGUGAAGGUGGGGGUGAGGGGGCGGAUCACGGCGUUUGGGGGUUCGGUGCAGAUCCCGGUUUCAGAUGUUGUGUUGGAGAGGGACCCGAAUAA